AUGGCAAGCAACAUUUUUCACCUGACCGGCAAAGUUGCGCUAAUUACAGGUGCUGGAAGUGGCAUUGGAGCAGAGACAGCCAUUUUGUUUUCUAAACUUGGAGCAUCCAUAGCAAUUGUGGGUAGAAAUGAAAAAAAUCUUCAAUCCACAAAAGAAAAAUGCAUUGUUCAUUGUAAGGGUGUUGAACCACUAAUGAUACCAGGAGAUGUAACGAAUGAAAAAGACUGCAAGAACAUGGUGGAAACUGUUAUAGGAAAUUUCAAAAAACUCGACAUCUUGGUGAAUAGUGCUGGUGUUUUGGAGAUGGGAUCCAUCGAGACAACGACACUUCUGCAAUAUGACAAUGUGAUGAAUGUUAACGUAAGAGCCAUCUACCACCUGACCAUGUUGUGUGUGCCACAUCUGAAAAAGGUGAAGGGCAAUAUUGUCAACGUUUCUAGUGUCUGUGGCACGAGAUCGUUUCCAGGAGUUCUUGCUUAUUGUGUUUCAAAAAGUGCUUUGGAUCAGUUGACCAGCUGUACUGCUCUUGAACUGGCACCUCACGGAGUGAGAGUUAAUGCUGUCAAUCCUGGAGUCAUCGUGACGGAACUGCACAAGAGAUCUGGAUCUUCUGAUGAAGAAUACAAAGCUUUCAUAGAGAAGACGAAAUUAACGCAUCCACUCGGUCGCCCAGGAACGCCAGAUGAAGUAGCCAAUGCAAUCGCUUACCUGGCGUCCGACCUGGCCUUGAACAUCACCGGUGAACAUCUGCAUGUCGAUGGAGGCAGACAUGCUGCCUGCCCCAGGUAACUAACCCGUCGACCAGCCGACCACCAAUCGACAACUAUUAAUAAAUUAACUAAUUUUUCUAAAAACGCACAAAGCGUUGAACGAGUUGAUAUUUUGUUUGAUUAAAAUCGUUAUUACAAUUUAAAUUUAUUUUUCUAACUCCUAACAAAAAUACGACUUGCCAAUUGAACCACUUUUGCAGGUUCUGUCGGCGAUUAAGAAAUUUGAUUUCGGUAUUUAUUCCUUUAUUUUAUACAAAAA